AAAAAGAUUACCGGAAAUACGUUGUGGAAUUUGACAGGACGUUGUCUUCAAACGAUGCAAUAAAAUUAGAUGGAUGCAAAAUGAAAAAAAAUAUUGAAAGCUAUGUGGCUCAAAAUUAGCUUUUAAUUACACUUAAUAAUACAUUGAUUAAAAAAAAACAAUAUAUAGCUACAAUUAUAAUGAGAAGUCACUAAAACAAAAAGAAAAAAACGCAAUUGUGUGUUUUAUUUUUAAAAGUCAUCACCGGAACUAGCUUUGUGGAACUUUACAGGAGUUGUUGUCUUUAGCUAGUAGCUAGUUUUUAUCAAAUGCGUUCUGUUUUGUGACAGAUAAUGGCAUAAAUUGUAACAUUUUCAGCGUUAGUUUACACCUAACGUAGUAUAACUGGCGCAGGGAUUGUUUUUUAGAAGUUCGGGUUAGCCGAAAAGCUACAUGGCUAAAUAGCAGCAAUGAUGGAUGAAGAUUUUCUGCUCGCCGUUCAACUACAGGAGCAGUUCAACCAUGAAUAUGAAUCUUCACUGGUUUCAACUCUUCACUUCAAGGAGGGGGAGUUCGGAAACAACAGCAAAAAGCGAAAAGUGGAUCUUGCUGGCGGGGACAGCGGUGGAAAGCCGACUUCCGGUGUGGAGCGGCCGCUGAGCAUCGUGGAUGAGUCCUGGGAGAUGCUGGACCCCAGCCCAGAUGUUAGAGCCAUGUUUUUGGAGUUCAAUGACAUGUUCUUCUGGGGCAAGCUCAGCGGAGUGGAGGUCAAGUGGAGUCCCAGGAUGACCCUGUGUGCUGGUGUUUGCUCCUAUGAAGGUCGAGGUGGACUGUGUUCCAUCAGACUCAGUGAACCUCUGCUGAAGCUCAGACCCAGGAAAGACUUAGUGGAGACUCUCCUCCAUGAAAUGAUUCACGCCCUCCUGUUUGUGACUCAAAACAACCGAGACCGCGACGGCCACGGGCCCGAGUUCUGUAAACACAUGAACCGCAUCAACCAGGCCAGUGGGACCAAAAUCACGAUCUACCACGGCUUCCACGACGAGGUCGACGUGUACCGGCAGCACUGGUGGCGAUGUGACGGGCCGUGUCAGAACCGCAAGCCCUACUUUGGCUACGUAAAGAGAGCCAUGAACCGAGCUCCUUCCUCUCUGGACCCUUGGUGGGAGGAUCACCGGAGGACGUGUGGUGGGACGUACACCAAAAUUAAAGAGCCCGAGGGCUACAGCAAAAAAGGCAAGAAGGACGGGAAGAAGCCUUUGGGAACCAGUAAAUCCUCAGACACAACUUCAGGUUCUGGAUCGCAGGAUAUCAGGAACAUCAUCCCGUUUAGUGGGAAAGGCAUCCUCUUAGGAGGGAAUUCCCAAAAUUCCCCCUCUUCCUCUAAGCCUCACACUACAGCGACACCUUUCACCCAAACACCUUUAUCGAUUCCUGUCUCCUCCCCUCAAAAACUCCCGACCCCUUCAUCUCCGGUCAACUCUCACUCAGGGCUCUCCGACAAAACCCAGAGAACUUUCAUCAUCUCCUCCAGGAAAAAUCCGGCUGUGAGGUCUGUCGGGAACACCAGAGCUUUCAUCAACAUCAACGGCUCACCGGUGAAAAUCCCCAAAGUCAGGGGCGACGGUGGCAAAGGGGGUGAUGGACGGAAACAGAAGUCCAUACAGGAACUUUUCAAGAACUCUUCUCUCCGGAAUUCUGAAAGUCAGAGCGCUAAACCUGAAAAUAAAGCAGCAGACAGGCUCUCAACUUCCUCCAGGAUCAGUGAAACGCCAAAACACAGAGGCGUCUCUGAAGACACCGCAGCUCUGGGAGCAUCAGGAGCUGCAGGUGGAAGCCAAACUACCAGGAAGAGGUCGUGGGACGACCGGAGCAGCUCACCCGGCACCUUCAAGAUCUUCCAAAAGACGGCGGAGUCCGUCAGGACAGAAUUACCUGCUGCUUCACCUUUGACCUCCCCGUCUCAGGGCUUUGGAAGACCGAACAGCAGCUCCACCUCGUCUGCCAGCUUGAUGGUCAGCUGUCCGGUGUGCCAGGCUAAAGUGCAGGAGUCAAAGAUCAACGAGCAUCUGGACUCAUGCCUCGCCUAGAGGAGUUUUGAGUUUUCACAUUUAUUGGGUAGUUUUAGAUUUCUGAUGGUUUGUCGAAAGUUGUUACUGUUUUAACUAACAUUGGAGAAUCUUUAAGGAAAAAAAUAGUAAAAAUGAUUGUUUUCUUUCAUAUUUUGACCAAAUUACCACCUUGAAGUUGAAUUUAUACCAUUAUACCACUUUGUUUUUAUUAUGGUGCCUUAGCUAAAUUUCUGACCUCUAUUUCCAGUCUUUCAAACUGACUUUUUUAAGAUUGUUCCUUUUCAAUUUGUGUGGCUUUUUCUAAGCUUGAAAGUAAAUAAAAUGUAUGUUAAGUUAAAGGUUUUUUGUUAAAUAAAACACUUUUGAUUAUC